AGGAGGAGCCGGCGCGGGUGGAGGGAGCGGCGGCGGCGGCGUUCCGUUACCGACGUUGGCUUCGCUCGGCGGUGGCCAGGCUUUGCUGGGGGAAAGGGGAGGUCAGCCAGCUGGUGCUGCCAACCUCGGUCGCCAUGGGGGCGCAGGACCGACCCCAGUGUCACUUCGACAUCGAGAUCAACCGGGAGCCGGUUGGUCGCAUUAUGUUUCAGCUCUUCUCAGACAUAUGUCCAAAAACAUGCAAAAAUUUCCUCUGCCUAUGUUCAGGGGAGAAGGGCCGUGGGAAAACCACUGGAAAGAAGUUAUGUUAUAAAGGCUCCACAUUCCACCGAGUGGUUAAAAACUUUAUGAUUCAGGGUGGGGACUUCAGCGAAGGUAAUGGCAAAGGUGGUGAAUCCAUUUAUGGUGGCUAUUUUAAAGAUGAAAACUUUAUUCUCAAACACGAUAGAGCGUUCCUUUUGUCAAUGGCAAACCGCGGGAAGCACACCAAUGGCUCCCAGUUUUUCAUUACUACAAAACCCGCUCCACACCUGGAUGGGGUCCACGUGGUGUUCGGCCUGGUGAUCUCCGGCUUCGAGGUCAUCGAACAGAUUGAAAACCUGAAAACAGACGCCGCAAGUCGCCCUUACGCAGAUGUGCGCGUUAUCGACUGCGGGGUGCUGGCUACCAAGUCCGCGAAAGAUGCUAUUGAGAAAAAAAAGAAGAAAGCAACACCUUCAGAAGACUCAGCGUCUUCUUCCAGUUCCUCUUCCUCUUCCUCGUCCUCCUCAGACAGCGAAAUCGAACGGGGACGGAGCAGAAGACGGAAGCGGAAGAGGAGGCCAAAGGUCAAACAUUCAAAAAAGCGACGGAAGGAAGCCAGUAGCUCAGAGGAGCCGAGGAACAAACACACGCUGAGCCCGAAGGGUCACUCUGAGCGAAGCGAUGCCAAUGAGAAAAGGUCCGUGGAGUCCAGUGCCAAGAGGGAAAAGCCUGUGGUCCGCCCGGAGGAGAUCCCGCCAGUGCCAGAGAACCGAUUCUUGCUCCGAAGGGACAUGCCCGUGGCGGCUGCAGAGCCCGAGCCGAAGAUUCCCGAUGCGCCUCCCGCGGCCGGCGAGCCCAAGCCGUCCCUGUCCAAGUCCGGGCGGAAGAUCCGAGGGCGGGGUACCAUUCGCUACCACACGCCGCCGCCCGCCCGCUCCCCCGAGUCGGAGGCCGCCGACAGCAGCGAGACGCCGCCGCACUGGAAGCAGGAGAUGCAGCGGCUGCGCGCCUACCGCGCCCCGAGCGGGGAGAGGUGGAGCAAGGGCGACAAGCUCCGGGACCCGGGCUCCAGCCGCUGGGACGAGCGCAGCGCCUCCCCGCGCUCCGGCUCGCGGUCGCACGCCGGUGGCCGCUCGGAGCCGGGCGCGGGGCGGCGCGGGCGGCGCGCGCGGGAGCGGAAGGCCAAGCGCCGCAAGAAGGCCCGCAAGCAGAAGCGCGGCCGCCGCCACCGGCCGCCAGAGCCCCCCGAGCCGGCGCGCGCGCGCUCCCGCCGGGCCGCCUCCGCCGCCUCGGCCUCCUCGGCCUGGACCCGCUCCGGCUCCCGCUCCCGCUCCGGCUCCCGCUCCGGCGGGCGCGCGCCCGGCUCCUCGGCCCCCUCCAGCCGCGCCUCGCCGCGCCCGGGAUCCCGCUCCGGACCCCGCUCCCGCUCCCGCUCGGCGUCCCGGUCCCGGGCCAGCUCCCGCUCCCGCUCCGCAUCCGCCUCGGUCUCGCGCUCGCCCAGCCCGGCCCGGCCCCGCUCCCGAUCCCCGCCGCGGGCGCCCGCCGAGCCCGCGCCGGCCAGGGCCGCGCCGCCCGCGCCCGCGCCCGCCGAGCCGGUGGCCGUGAUCCCGCUGAGCGACAGCCCGCCGCCCUCGCGCUGGAAGCCCGGCCAGAAGCCCUGGAAGCCGUCCUACGAGCGCCUGCAGGAGCUGCGAGCGCGCGCCGCACGCCCCGCGCCCGGCCCCGCGCGCCCCGCGCCGCCGCGCCCCGCGCGCGCCCGGCCCCGCCGCCGCGCCAGCGUCGCCUCCCGCUCCUCCCGGAGCGCGUCCUCGUCCGGCCGCUCGUCCUCACGCUCCCGGUCCCGCUCCCCGUCCCGCUCCCGAUCCCGCUCCAGGUCCCGAUCCCGCUCCCCGUCCCGCUCUCUGUCUCCAUCCCGCUCCCGCUCCCGCACUCGCAGCGGCUCCAGCCGGGCGUCGUCUUCAUCGUCCUCGUGUGCGGGGCGGCGAGGCGCCCGCGGCCAGGCGCUCGGCGGCGCCUCGGGGCUGCGGCCGUCCCGCUCGUCGUCCGCCCGCUCCUCCGCCAGCGCCGGCGACGCGGCCCGCGGCCCCCGGGAGCGCCCGCGCCCCGCCCAGCCGCCCGCGGAGGACGGCGGCCGCGCCGCGAGGAGAGGCCGCGCCGAGGGCGGCCGGGGCCCCGCGCCCAGCCCCGCGCCGCGGCCCCGCGCCGCCUCCGACAAGGAGGAGGGUGAGGCCUCCUCUGACUCGGAGCCCGACGCCCGCGCCCGGCCCGCCGCGCGCCGCCCCGGCCCCGACGGCUCCCCCGCCGCCCCCGAGCCCGGCCGCGGCCGCACCCCGAGCCGCCGCCGCGCGCCCCGGGCCCCCGAGCGCGGCCCGAAGCCCAGGCCCGCGGGCGCCGAGCGCAGGACGCCCGCCUUCCGCUGGCAGCCGCCGCUCGAGUUCGGCGACGACGACGACGGGGACGCGGACGCCGGGGCCGAGGCCGCCCGGGAGCCGCGCCCGCCGCCCCAGGACCCCGCCCCGGGCCCCCGCCAGCCAACGCCCGGCCCCGCGCCGCCCCCCGCCGACGGGGAGAGGCCCGCGCCGCCCGCGGACGACAGCAUGGAGGUGUGCACGCCCGAGGGCAGCCCCGCGCACGCGCCCCGGCCGCCGCCCGCGCAGCCCCGCCACGCCGCGGGCGACGCGGCCAGCGCGGGCGCCCCGGAGCCCGGCCCCGCCGCCCCGCACGCCAGCCCCGGCGCCGAGCCCGCGGCCGCCGGGAGCCCCGCGUGCGCCCCCGACGCCAAGUGGAAGCCCCUGCGCGGCGCGGGCGACCCGGGCCCCGCAGCCCCCGCCGCCGCCGAGGCCCCCGCGGACGGGAGGCCGCCGCCCGCCGCGCCCGAGCCCCGGCCGCCCGGCCUGCGCAUCGAGAUCAAGAGCCAGAGCCGCGUGCGGCCCGGCUCGCUCUUCGACGAGGUCCGCAAGACGGCGCGCCUGAACCGGCGCCCGCGCGCGCGCCGCUCCCGCUCCCGCAGCCAGAGCCACGCGCGCAGCCCCGCGCGCGCCCGCAGCGCCAGCCGCUCCCGCAGCCCCGCGCCCGCCAAGGCCCGCAGCACGCGCUCCGCCUCCUACAGCCACAGCCGCGGCUCCCGCAGCCCGUCCCGCAGGUCCCGGAGCUCCACCUCCUCCUACCGGUCAAGGAGCUACUCUAGAAGCCGGAGCCGGGGCCGCUACGGCAGAGGUCGAACCCGCAGCCGGAGCAGUUCCUACUGCAGUUACAAGAGUCACAGGAGGUCCAGCAGGAGCCGAUCCGCCAGCAGCUCAUCCGGUGCCCGCAGCCGCUCCAGGUCCUACUCUGACGACAGCUCCUACAGCCGCAGCCGCAGCCGCAGCCGCCGCCGCCGCCGCCGGGGCAGCGGCCGCCGCCGGAGCAGGGACUACCGGCGGUCCAGGAGUCGCCGGUCCUUCGGCUCAGACAGCAGAAGCGAGCGCAGCUACUCGCAUCGCCGCAGCGCCAGCGCGAGCAGCCGCUACAGCUGA